AACACACAACACCCUCCUCUUCCUCUUCCCCUCCGCUCGGCUCUGGUGGAUCUCACCCUCAGAGACUCACUGGGACAUUAUCGGCCUUUUCACUCUGGAUUUAAAGCUUUUUAUCAUGUUUUUUAAUCUUGGAUAACCUGACGAUGGAGCCAGAAACGUGCACUGCAUUAAAAGGUGAGGUUGUUGCUGUGAUGUGAGGACCAGAUGAAUUUCCUCCUUCUGGUUCUGGAGACAAACUCAGAGAUGAGACCUCCGAGUCUGCUGCUGACCAUGGUCCUGCUGAACGGUGUCUGGAUGCUGCCGGCUCCCACCAGAGUCGCCAUGGAGUCGGUCAACAUGAGACACGUGCUGAGGUGGCGCCCCCCCCCCCAGGCUGGGGGCCACGGCGCGGUGCUUUACUCCGUGCAGUUCCAGGGGGAGUUUGAGCUGACGGUGCUGAACGGCAGCUGGGUGGACGCCCCCGAGUGUCAGCUGACCCCCCAGACCCACUGCGACCUGACCUCUGACCUGGGCUCCGACUCCGACUACAACAUCCGCGUGAGGGCGCAGCGCGGCGCCCUGGCGUCCCCCUGGACCUGGCUCCGCCCGCCGUUCAACCGCCAACACACUGUCCUGACGGCGCCGGACAUGACGGUGACGGCGGUGGGCGACGCCCUUCACGUGACCUUCAACACGCUCCCUCUCAUUGCCGUCGUCAGCGUGACGGUGUGGAGGAAAGGCCACGAGCUGCAGGCUGAUGUGUACUUGACACCAGCUGAAAAGACUCCGCUGCACAUCGCCGCCCUGCAGGACGGAGCGGUGUACUGCGUCAGAGCGCACACCGUCCUCAAUGCUCACCUCCACAGCAUGAGCACUGAAACCCAGUGUGUCUCCAUCACAGGUCCCGGCUCUGCGUGGAUGAAGCCGACCACGGUGACCGGGACCGUUGUCAUGACGGCCGCCGUCCUGUUCGUUGUGUUCUGGGCCGCCGUUCACUGCCCUCCUCACGUCUGCCAAUCGUAUUUCAGGAAAGAGCCGCUGCCCCUCUCAUUGAGCCCCGACUGGGACGGAGGGACCCCCACACUCAGCCCGGAGGAGGCGGAGCUUUGUGAGCAGAUCAGCGUGAGCGUCGACCCCGAAGACUGACGAGAUGAGGAUCUGAGACCCUGAAGAGAGAACCCACAUCUGGAAGAACAAAGGUCUACGCUUCUGUCCGUCCUGGGCUUCAUGGAGCACGUGUUCCCGAAGAUGCUUUCUUGGGGUCAACUUUGCAUUUCCUGGGACGGAGAAGGCAAGACCCGCCUAACGCUGCCUCUGAUUGGAUAGUAGUCCUGGCUUUCCUAGGUUGGAUUGGUUGGAUUCUAGACUAAGACUUAGACCUAGACAGCCUUUAUUGUGAUUUACUGCACAUUCACACGUGGAGAUGAGCGGGACUACAAUGCAAUGCUCCAAAAAAGGAAAAGAAACAGAAGACAAGUAAGAAAAGAAACAGUAUAGAUAUGCAACACGUACGUGCAACAUGAACUACGUGCAAUAUAAAGUACGUGCAAUAUGAAGUACGUGC